CGUGUUUGGAAUGAUUGCUUGUACGGUAUUCUUCCUAUCAUGGACAAAAUAAGAAACAUUCUAUUUGUAGAAGGAGAAGAAGAAGAAGAGGAUCAGUACCUACCUCAUGCCUGUAGGCAGUGUCAUUACCAUUGAAGAAGCAAUUGAGUGUGUUAAAUGUGUGUGACCGGUAUUGGUAUAUUAUCAAUUCAUUUGUUCACAAUGACAGGAGGUGUUGACAAUAAUUAUUUCAACAGUUUUGGUCUUUAUCCCACAAUUGUAGUAAUUUUUACUUGCAAUGUGGUAUUUGGCAGAGAACUGACGUUAGGCGCUUGUCGACUUGUAUUCAACGAUACCCCCUGUCCGGACUCUCGCAUUUCGUUCUUUCUUUUCACCAGAGCCAAUUCGAAUGAAGGACAACCAGUGGUGUUGGAUUCGCAGGGUGAGAACAUAUCACAGUCGCAUUAUAACUCUUCAAGGCCGAGCAAAAUACUUAUACAUGGCUACAAUGGACACAAGUAUCUCGACCUACUAAUGAACAUUAAAACAGAAUACCUCCUAGAAGGCGACUACAACAUAUGGACUGUGGACUGGCAAAGCCUAUCUAGGCGACCGUGCUACCCUCUGGCGGCCCUAAACACACAACACGCCGGCAAGUGCCUGGCUAACUUCAUUCGCCAUCUGCUGACACAACAAGAUUCCUCCUCUUCUGCUUCUUCAUCAGCUGACCAAAUUCAUUUGAUUGGCUUUAGUUUGGGCGCUCAUGUGGCCGCCUAUACGGCCAAUCACCUACGACCAAUGAAAGUGGCCAGAAUUACUGGCCUUGAUCCAGCGAUGCCUCUGUUUGUGACGGACAACAGGGAGCUGCGAUUGGAUGCCAGUGAUGCCACAUUUGUAGAUGUCAUCCACACGAACGCCUUUGUCCAGGGCAAGGCGGCUCGGUGUGGCCAUAUCGAUUUCUACCUCAAUGGUGGCAUCAACCAGCCAGGCUGCCAGCACAACACUCACAAUCCGAUGAGCUGCGACCACCAUAGAUCGCUCAUGUACUUCGCAGAGUCGAUCCGCUCCAGCUUUGGCUUCUGGGGCUGGCCCUGUUCCAAUAUGGCCUCCUUCCUGCAGUUCCAAUGUCCACCGCGAGGGGCGCCCUGUCUCAUGGGUGCUAACACACCAACCACUUCGAGAGGAUUCUGCUUGGUGUACACGGCUGAGUCAUCUCCUUACGCCUUGGGAAGGUGGAACACCAAUAAUACUAGAUGGAAGAACCGGACCCUGCCUGAGACAUGGAAUCGGAAACAUAUUGGCACUAAUCUGAUUGUUUGAAACAAAAAAAAUAUAUACAAAUUUUCGGCAAAAUUAUAACGUCGUUUGAAAUUUGUUGAGAUAACGUUCAUGGUAAAAACACAAAAAAAUUUAAAUCGUAAAUGUUCAUUUAUUAAUUUUAUUUGCAUAAGAAGGCACACAACUCAAUGAGUUUUUUUCAAAAACCUCGGGUUUUUCGAGAAAAAUCAUUCUCUACAAAAUUGAAGAGAAUAAAAUUUCUGUUGGAUUUACAUAAGAAGGCACACAAAUCCAUGAGUUUUUAUUUCAAAAACCUCGGGUUUUUUGAGAAAAAACAUUCUCUAAAAAAUUGAAGAAAAUAAAAUUUCUGAUAGAUUGAGUGGUCGCGCAGGAUUCUACAGGAUACUUUUUCAAUUUUUUACUUGUAUUUUUACCUGUAUCGCCAAUCACUACUCCAACGGCUAGAUUUCAAUUCUGUCAUUGAAAAUAAUUAUAUAGCUACAGUAGUUGAUGGAAGUGUAAAGAAAUUUCCGCAUCUCUACAAAAUUCUCUUAUAAUUCCCUUACGAAUGAAAUUCGUGUAUAAUUUCCGGUUUCCAAGUUUUCCCGCCCCCGUGGCACCCUGAGGUGGUGAUGAGAAAGAUCACAUGUCGGACAUGUAUAGCAUAAAACAUUCUAGGCAGUUGUCAUCUUUGAGCUGAUUGGAAUGCUGAUAGGUGUAGCAAUGGCUUCAUGCAGUCUUCCGAUCCCACUCCGAUCUCGAUCUGUUGUUCUACGGUACCACAACUCCACACUAUAGAAAACUCUGACAUGACUCGGUUGAAAAGUUGCAUGAAAAGUGUCAUUUAGAAUUGAUUUCAGUCAGUACCUAUAAAGCAGCAUUAAUGUAUUUUGGUCGAUCAAGUUGAUUAAAUAAUAUUUAUUUCUUUGA